AUGAGACGAGGCUCGGGUCCUUGGGGACCAGGCGAAGACCCGAGGAGGCUCGGGUCCUUGGGGACCAGGCGAAGACGCGAGGAGGCUCGGGUCCUUGGGGACCAGGCGAAGACGCGAGGAGGCUCGGGUCCUUGGGGACCAGGCGAAGACUCGAGGAGGCUCGGCGAGGACAUGAUUGGUCAAGGAUACUUCGAGGCAACUCCUGGGCAGGUCGCGGGACUACACCCCACGGGUGCAAGGACAAGGAGGGACAAACCCAACCCUUGCACAAUGUCCUUGAUUGCUGACAUUGUUUUCCUAGUUGAUGGAUCCUGGAGUAUAGGAUCUCAAAACUUUGAAGUCCAAGAUUUUCUCUCUACCUUGGUGAAUGGAUUUGAUGUUGGAGAGGACAAAGUAUGGAUUGGCCUCAUUCGGUUCAGUGGAAACCCUCGUACAGAGUUCCUGAAUCCUUUUUAUAAUAAGAAUGAUAUCCUACGGAAGAUACAGCAACUGCAAUUGAAGGGAGGCAGCUCAAGAACUGGGCUGGGCAUGAGGUUCAUGCUGAAAAAGCAUUUUGUGGAGUCGGCAGGAAGUUGGGCUUCAAUGGAUGUGCCGCAGGUGGCUAUCAUUAUCACUGAUGGGAAGUCUGAAGAUAGCAUUAGUUUGCCUGCAAAGGCUCUGAAGGAUCAGGGAAUCAUUGUGUAUGCCAUUGGUAUUCAAGAUGCCGAUGAGAGGGAGCCAGCUGUAAACUAUGUGUACAAUGUAGUUGACUUUGAUGCUCUGAGGGAUAUCUCACAGGCUAUCAUCUGGUUUUUGUGUAUGAGGAUGCAAGAGGCGUCUUGUGAAAUAUCCAACAUCCCACUGGCAUCCAUAGCUUGCAGGGAUGCCACAGUUGCUGACAUUGUCCUUGUGGCGGAUGGUUCGACAAGCAUAAGUGACCAGAACUUUCAGAAAAUGAAGAUAUUUCUGCGUAAAUUUGUUCAUGGACUGGAUAUUGCAAGCAACAAAGUCAGGAUUGGGUUGGCUCAGUACAGCACAGAUCCAAAGACUGAGUUUCUUCUCAAUACCUAUUUGUCAAAAGUGGACGUAUUGGACCAUAUACAAAAUUUGCAACAAAUGCGGGGUGGGACAAAUAUGACAAAAGUUCUGGAAUUCCUGGACAGAGAACAUUUCGUUAUGUCAGCAGGGAGUAGACACGAAGAAGGUGUGAAACAAAUUGCCAUUCUGAUCACCGAUGGAGGAUCUAUUACCAAGGCAGCCAAGGCAGCUGAGCAGCUAAGAAGCAGAAAUGUCACAAUUUUUGUCAUUGGAGUUAAUGUCCAAUCAGAAAACGGACUUAGACUUGUAUCCAGUAGACCAUUUAAUAAAUAUGCCUACAACAUUGCAAGUUUUGACAAAUUGUCCGCGUCAGAAUUUUCAAACAGAUUUUUGGAGUCGGUGUGCAGGGUAGUUGUAAACUAUAUCCAAGGUUGGUUCAAUAGCUCUCUAGAUUUGCUCUUUGAACUAAUCUAUCAUUUUAUUUCCUUUACAGCCUAUGCUGUGGAUUAUGCUGAUGUCGUUUUUCUAGUUGAUAGUUCCCUGAAGAUGGGGUCUGCAGCAUUUCAGCGGAUCCAAAAAGCCAUUUUGAAUGUUGUUUCUCAACUUGAGAUCGGGGCAGACAAGUUCCAAGUUGGUCUUGCUCAGUACACUACUUCUUUCUAUACAGAAUUCUUACUGAAUGCCUUCCAAACAAAUGCUCAAGUGACACGUUACAUAAAGAAUCCCAGUAAGUUUGUAUUUCAGGGAGUACGUGGGCCAGCAAUGGGCAAUGCCAUUGAUGUCCUGAACAAGGGUUUCUUCAGAGUGUCCGCUGGAAGUCGACGAGCUCACGGAGUUCCUCAGAUUGCUGUAAUAUUUACUUCGGGACCUUCACUGGAUGAUGUCACCGCAGCAGCCCUGGAGAUAAGAAAACAAGGGGUGAAGGCUAUUGCCAUUGGUGUGAAGGAUGCUAACCAGACUGAGCUGGAGAAGAUAGCCAAUCCUGAAUUUAUUUUCCAGAGUGCUGAUUUUGGAGUAUUUGCUCAGUUACCAAGCAAAAUAUACAAUGCAAUCAAGCUGAUAAUACAACAGGAAUAUCUAUACAAAAUAUAUGAAAGAACAGCAGCAUGUAGGACUGCUUCAAUUGCGGAUGUCGUUUUCUUGGUAGACACGUCUGAUGAUAUUGGAGUAGCCAACUUCCAGUUAAUCCGUGGUUUUCUACAAGGCCUAAUCAAUACACUGGACAUAGCAGCUGAAGGUGUCCAUGUUGGCUUGGCUCAGUACAGUGUCUUACCAAAAGAAGAGUUUAAACUAACAACCUAUCCCAGCAAGAGUGACAUCUUGGAUCAUGUAAGAUCAAUGCCCUAUGAGGGGGGAAGAGGAAGAAACACCAGCACUGCCCUUAACUUUGUAAGGGAAAAUUAUUUUACAGCACAGGCUGGCAGUCGUGUCAAGAAAGGAAUCCCCCAAAUUUUGUUUUUGAUUACUGCUGGUAAAUUCCAGAAUGAGGAUGAGGACAGUGCAAUCUCACUGCGUCGUAAUGGUGUUAAUAUUUUUGCCUUGGGCACUGGGGAUGUCACCAAUAAAGAGCUGGAGAAAGUUGCUUCGUAUCCCUCAGAUACCUUUGUUUUAAGAUUAGAGGACUUCCUCAUGCUGUCGCCUGCUGCAGACAUCUUGCAGAAUAGGAUUUGCAUGGAGGUCAUCACUCAAAUCUCAGAGGCAACUGUCGAAAAUGACAACAUUAAAGAAGUCUGUACUAAAACUGAAGAAGCUGAUAUUUACUUUCUUGUUGAUGGGUCGUCCAGCAUUUCAGCAGAGAGCUUCAUGGACGUAAAAAAAUUCCUGAUCAAGGUUAUUAAAGAUUUUACUAUUGGUGCAAAUCAGGUUCGUGUUGGGGUUGUCCAGUACUCAAUGAUUCCAAAAAUUGAAUUUACAGUCACUGCAUAUACCAAUAAAACUCGUUUGGAGGAAGCAGUUAAAAAUAUUAAACAAAUGAGAUACACAACUUGGACAGGCAAGGCAUUAAGUUACAUGAAAGAUCUCUUCAGCGAAGCAAAGAAAAGCCGUGAACAUGAAGUGAACCAGAUCCUGAUCACUCUCACCGAUGGAAAGGCAGCUGAUAAUGUAGAAAUUCCUGCAAGAGAACUGAAACAGCAGGGAAUAAUCUGUUAUGCAAUAGGAGUAGGGGAAGCAAACAAAACCGAACUUGAACAGAUUGGAGGAGGAACUAAAGAAAAUGUUUACUAUGUCACUAACUUUGAUGCAUUGGAUGAUAUAAAGAAUAACAUCGUGCGGGCAAUCUGUUCACGGGAAGCCUGCAGCAAGAUGGGGAAGAGUGACAUCAUUUUCCUAAUCGAUGGAUCAGAAAGCAUAAGUACCACUGAUUUUCAGAACAUGAAAGUGUUUAUGUAUAGCAUUGUGAACAGGACCACUAUUGGACAAGAGAACGUGCACGUGGGUCUAAUACAAUAUGCUUCAGGCCCCCGUCUAGAAUUUAAUCUUGAUAGAUAUUCAUCUCAAGAUGAUAUACGCAAGGCAAUCACUACAAUGCAGCAAAUAGGAGGAGGGACUAAGACUGGCUAUGCCCUGAGCUUUGCAGAGGAGUACUUUGCCCAAUCUAAAGGUGGUCGGCCUGGAAUCCCACAAUAUCUCAUAGUGGUCACUGAUGGAGAGUCACAGGAUGCCGUCCUGGACCCAGCAACAGCCAUCAGGGAUCAAGGAAUCGUAGUGUUUGCCGUGGGUGUUUCGAAAGCCAACACAAGUCAGCUUCUGGAAAUUGGAGGAGCUCAAGAUAAAGUUCAUUAUGUUGAAAACUUCACCCAACUCAAAGAUCUGGACCGAAGAAUAUACUGGGAAAUCUGCGGUCACAUUGACACCUGUCUGAAAACAGAUGAAGUAGAUAUUGUUUUUGUAAUUGAUGGAUCAAUUAACACAGAGCCAGACGAGUUUCAGCAGAUGAAAACUUUCAUGAUAAAUAUGGUGAACAGUUCAGUUGUCUCCUCCAGCAAUGCGCAGUUUGGUGCCAUUCUGUACAGUGAUUCACCUAAUAUUCAAUUCCAGCUGGGCCAGUCUGUGAGCAAAAGAGACAUCAUCAAAGCCAUAAUGAAAAUGAACUUAGCAGAAAAAGCUGUCGAUAUUACACCCGAUCUUGAGCUGGCAAAACAGCUUUUAGCAAGUGGACGCCGAAGUCAAAAAGUUGUCUCACAGUUCAUCACCGUGAUGACUAAUAGGAAAGACAUAUAUUCUUUGCAACGAUCAUUAUUGGAAGACAUUGAACAGAGUGAAGCCACUGUCAUCACCAUGAGUCCAUCCAGUGGCCAAGAAGAAGCACUCGUGGGAGUACUGGACGUUGAUAAAAAACGUUUCAGUACACAAAGUUUAAAAAGCAUGGUUGAUGUAAUUAAAAACAUAUCACAGCUGAUUUGCGAUAAAACAAAUCCAGAAUGCGUCCUCGAGAGAGCAGACAUUAUUUUCCUCAUGGAUGGAUCAGGUAGUAUUAAUAACGUUGAUUUUGACAACAUGAAAUCUUUUCUGAAAAGCCUAAUUGACGUCUUCACUAUCGACCCAACUGAAGUCCAGAUUGGUCUGGCGCAGUUCAGUACAAUGUUCGAAAAAUCAGCUGACUUAAGAGAUUUCUCAACAAAGAAAUCAUUGCUGGCUCGACUUGACCAAGUAAAUCAAAUAACAGGAGGUACCACAAUUGGAUUUGCCCUGAAAAAUGUGGUCUCCAUGUUCACAAAGGAAGCAGGUAGUCGGAGUGCCUCUGGAGUGCCCCAAAACCUGAUUGUGCUCACCGAUGGAGACUCACAAGAUGAAGUGGGUCCUCCAGCUGAUCGCUUGAGACAAAAUAACAUAAAUGUAUUUGCUGUGGGUAUAGGGACAGUAGCACAGAAACAACUUCUACGAAUCGCAGGGUCCAGCUCAAACAUCUUUAAGGUUCAGAAUUUUCAAAAACUCAAGAAAAUUAAAAAAAGGUUCAUCCGCAGUAUCUGUACAGAAAGGCCAUUAUCAGUCUGCUCCGUUGAUAUUGCUAUGGGACUAGAUCUCAGUAAACAGGUGGGGUUUCCAAAGUCACCUGGCAGUCAGCAGAAACUGCAAAUGCAUCUGAAUGGCAUCAUUGAGAGAAUGAUGGAUCUUCGCAACAUCAGCUGCAAGUCCGGCAAAGGCAUUGCAACUAAGAUUGGAAUUCACAGAUCGAGCUUGGGUUUUGAUUUGCAAUUUAAGCAGUAUAAGUCUAAUGAAAUAAGGAAAGAACUAAUGUCAAUGCAAAGUGACAACGAGGUCUUGAAUGCCGAUUAUCUGCAAUCGUUUUCAAGGCUACUUCAUCUGAAAGCAGAAGGAAAUGUGAAGGUAAUAGUAAUAUUUACAGAUGGAAUAGAUGAUGAAAUGAAAAAAUUAAAGGAAGUAUCAGAAAAACUCCGACAUGAUGUGGAUAUCCAUGCACUGAUCUUCGUUCCACUGGAAGGAACAGAAAAUGCUGACAAAAUUGCUGAACUGGAGUUCGGAAGAGGGUUUGGCUACCGAAAGGAACUGAUGAUUAACAAGCCAGAUAUUGGAAAUGCAUUAUUAUCAGAAAUUGACACAAUUGCAGAGAGAGAAUGCUGUAAAAUAAUUUGCAAGUGCUCAGGGGAAUCAGGAAAAAGAGGAACUCGUGGAAAAAGAGGAUCUUUGGGGCAAAAAGGUGAAAAAGGAUUUCAAGGAUAUGAAGGUGAAGAGGGAAAAGAGGGUGGCAGGGGACAUCCAGGUAUUAUUGGAGCUCGAGGAGAAGAUGGAUGCCAAGGUCCCAAUGGCCACAAGGGAUCAAGAGGGCAUAGAGGACAGAAGGGUGACACGGCUGCCGAUGGUUUGGAUGGAAUAGAUGGAGAGGAGGGAGAGCCCGGAAUUCCUGGAGUCCAUGGAGAAAAAGGGGCUGAUGGAAAUACUGGAAGCAAAGGCAUUCAAGGACGCAACGGUGACCGUGGAGAACCAGGUCUACAAGGGGACCCAGGUGCGUCUGGUGUAGAUAAUUACUCUAAAGGACAGAAGGGUGACAAAGGACAACGUGGUAUACAGGGCGAAUUUGGGCCAAGAGGUAGACCAGGUAAGGUUGGCCAAGAUGGACAUAAGGGACAACGUGGUCGGAGAGGAGCUAUGGGUCGCAAGGGUCGUAGUGGACGACCUGGUAUCACAGGAUCCUUUGGGCCCCCUGGAUUCCAAGGCCAACAGGGAGAUAACGGAAUUCCGGGUUCCCCUGGAAGAAGAGGAGAGACUGGAUUCCCAGGACAUCAGGGCUCAAUUGGAGAUAAAGGCUUCAGAGGUCUCAAAGGAAGUGAUGGAUUCAAAGGGAAAACGGGUGAAGAUGGACCAGAAGGUCAGAAAGGAGAGUUUGGAAGAACUGGAGUCCGUGGACAACAGGGCCCGGAUGAGAUUGAUAUGGUUGGAAAUCCUGGACCAAAAGGACGAAAGGGAGAACGCGGGUUCCCUGGAUAUCCUGGUCCACAGGGACCAGAUGGUAACCCUGGAACUUCUGGUGGAAAGGGCCCUAAAGGAUCAAGAGGACGCAGGGGGGACUCUGGUCCAUCUGGUGACCCUGGAAACCAAGGAGAAACAGGAGCUCCUGGAAUAAGGGGUUUGAAAGGACCACCAGGGAAAGUACCCAUGAGCCCAUGUGAACUCCUAACAUAUAUUCGAAACAAUUGCCCUUGCUGUUCAUCAAAAAGCUCUGAGUGCCCUGUUUAUCCUUUGGACCUCGUGUUUGCAUUGGAUUUGUCUUCAGAUGUUUCUCCAGCUGUAUUUAACAGAAUGAAGAGGAUAAUGAUGGAAUUGGUGCAAGAUCUUAAAAUAACCAGAAGUACUUGCCCAGAGGGAGCACGUGUGGCAGUUCUUACCUACAGCUCCACACCAAAAAUAUUCUUACGGUUCUCAGAACACAGAAAUAAGAAGAAACUUCUGCAAUUACUGCAGGAUCUAGCUUAUGAGCGGUCAGCUAGAAGGCAGGAUAUUGGAUCAGCAAUGAGGUUUGUUGCAAGAAAUACUUUCAAGCAUACUCGUGGUGGCAUCCUUACCAGAAAAGUAGCAGCCUUUAUUACCAAUGGACCAUCUGAAGACAAGUCAGCAAUCUUGACUGCAGCUCUCGAGUUCAGUGCCUUGGACAUCACCCCAGUUGUCAUUUCUUUUGCUGAUGUCCCUGACAUAGAGCUUGCCUUCCAGGUUGAUGAUACAAGAAGGUUUCGAGUAGUUUCAUUGUCAAAACAGCAGCGAGUAAUCCAGGAGCAGUUACGCACAAUCCGAUCAUGCACCUUCUGUUUCGAUAUGUGUCAACCAAGGACCCAAUGUCAACACAAUAUUUCACCACCUCCAAUCUCAAUCAACAUGGACAUGGCUUUUGUUGUUGAUGGUUCACACAAUAUGAAAACAAUGGACUUUGAAAGAAUUAAGUAUUUCCUCACUUCAAUGCUCGAUAUGUUUGUGAUUUCAAGAAGACCAGCUAUCAGUGGUAAUUAUGCCAGGGUGGCAAUGGUACAACACUCACCAGCAGAUUACGUCCCUGGGGCUGGUCGUAAGCCAGUCAAUCUGGAAUUUGGGUUUUUGAAGUACAACAACAAAAAUAUAAUGAAGAAGUACAUUAAAGAAUCAUUGAAUAAGUUAGAUGGAACCUCUAGGGUUGGCCAUGCUAUUGAAUGGACCAUGAAUAAUGUUUUUAGCAGCAGCCCAGUUGCACGCCGUCAUAAAGUGAUCUUUGUAAUACUUGCGGGAGGAACAAGUGCUCUUGGCAUGCGAAAGCUAAGCAUGGUGUCUGAGGAAGCAAGGUGCAAAGGUUUUGUGGUCUUUACAGUUUUCCUUGGGAAGGAAACUGGCAGAUUCAACCUGGAAACGACUGUUAGUUUUCCUUUUAAUCAACACUUCAUUCACCUCGGUCAGCUACUCGAUUCUGAAAUAACUUACGCCGAAAGGUUCACUCGGGCCUUCCUGAGAAGUCUCACACUUGAAAUCAAUGACUACCCUCCUCCACAAUUAAAGCAGGAAUGUGACGCUUUAACUAGACGUAUAAGCAGAUAUGAUUCCACAAUUAUGGCAAAUAAUUACCCAACUCCAGGAUGGAGUGGCAGAGUUGAAGUUGCGGAAGAACUUGAAAUAUCUGCAGAAGGAGCAGAAGCAGACACACCUUAUGGUAUAUGAUCCUUGAACGAUGAUAUGGGAAGAUGCUAGGACUAUGACUUAAAGUGGUACUUUGACAAAGGUCUGCAAGUGUGUCAACAAUUCUAGUAUGGCGGAUGCGAAGGAAAUAAGAACCGAUUCACUACCCUUGUAAAGAAAUCUGCCUCAAAUCAUACUAGAAAAUGUUGUAGCAAUUAUGUGCAGUGAAAUUACCAACAGUAUAGAAAAUCUGCAUAUGCUGGAAAUCCAAGCAACACUGGCAAAAUGCUAGAGGAACUCAACAGGCCAGGCAGCAUACAUGGAAAAGAGUACAGUUGACAUUUCGGACUGAGACCCUUCAUCAGGACUGAGGGAUCUCAACCCAAUGCAUCAACUGUUUACUCUUUUCCAUAGAUGCUGCCCGGCCUGCUGAGUUCCUCCAGCAUUUCCUGUGAUGUGCAAUGAUAUAAUUGUUUCAGAAUCUGUACACUUGAGGGCUCAGUAUCCUUAUCCUAUGAAUUAAUCAGAAAAUAUCAAAUCUGACUUGGGCCAUGGUUGUAUUUGAACUUGGACUGUGGUGGAAGAAAGCAAUGUCAGCCAGGAGUCCAGCUACAGACUAAAAUGAUCAUCUUUUUUGCUGGAAUUUUCUGCUUGAGCAAGUAAAUAACAGUAAAUGGCUGUGAUGCCCAUUAUAAUUGAAUAGCUCUCAAUGAAUGUUGAGACUCAUUCGUUUGCAAUAACUCUUGUAGUACAAGGAGUACAAGUCUUCAAAAAGGAACAGAAUUCAUUGUACAGGGAAAUUGACAUAAAAGAUAUAAACAAACAUUAAGUAUAAAUAUGUAAAUUGUAUUAUUUUAUUUGCACAUAUUAGAAUGUAGUUUUUUGAAAAAAAUAACGUGUCUGUUUCCAAAGUGUGAAACCAGUACCCCUGCGGAAUAGAUGUUGAAACUUGUGAAUAUCUACUGCUCAUAACUUGAAUCUACCUUAGUCCUUAACAAGUCCUUACUGUGCUAGAUUCUGUGUCAGGGCAUGGAAAAGCUCCAUUAGUAAUCAGGAUAGCUUCAUUUCAUUAACACGUUUUUGUCGUAUCAUGUAGAGUACUCUUGGUUUUCUUUAUUCGCAGCAAAUGUUUAUACUCAGAAUUUGUUCACGCAUAUGUUCCAUCUACAAAAAUACUACUUUUUGAUUUGAAAUAAAACAA